CUUCUAGCCAGUUUCGUGAGCGUAGUAUGUUGCUGACGCCGCGGUCUUACGGAGCGUGCACAACGAUAGGCAGUGUCCGUUCAGCAAAUUAUAAAAUACAUAAAAGUGCAAUAUACCUUGUGCCUUUUAUUUUGAUACUACUUAUAAUUUUCUUUUUUUAAUUCUGAUUUUAAUUAUUAUCAAUAGCUUGGCACGCGAACGCGCGGCUUUAAAAUCACCACAGUUGUCUUUGUACAUUCAUCUCUUUCGAAUUUCGCACAUUCGUUUAACAUUCGAUAAUUCUUGGGUAUUUUUAUUUUGCUUCCUCCAUUCAUUUUAUCACCAAAGCAAACUAAACAAUAAAAAUUUAUAUACGAAUUGGCGGCUUUGACAGUGGAUUGAGUGGAUUGAGGAGAAAAGCAAGUUGGCAAAUAAGAAAACAAUAAUUACGGUUGGACGAGUAGACAAACGCGCUCAUAAAUUUUGCUUUCGCUUAAUCAAAACUCGACGAAAUUUAAAUGAAAGCAAGCAUAAAAAAAUAAUUUUCAACGUUGCAAAACUUGAGCUCACGACGACUUGGGGUAUUCGGCUGUCGUAUGUUGUCUUCGUAGUCGCCGUUGCCAGCACAGCUGAGAUCAAAAUUAAGAUUGAGAUCAGUAUUGAGAGGCGGAGAUCAUCGCAAAAGUCAUCGCGCAGGUAAAUGGAAACGGAAAAAACUGAUAGGAAUAGAGCGAACGCACUAUUGGUUGUUGCUGCUGUGGAAAAGCUGUAGAAUUGACAAACGACUUAACAAUAGAUAAGUGAAUAAUAGUGAAGGCUGAAAGUAAAAGAAAAAGCAAUAAAGUCCUAAUAUAAUUUGUGAAAAAGUGGAGUUAAAAAAAUCAAGCAUCAAGUAGAUACUCAAGUGCACCAGGCAAAAAUACAUAUGUACACACAUUGUAUAUGUUUAUAUGCAUAAUGUGGUGCCUUUGCGUGUAAUACGAUAAUAUUAGUUAAAAGAAUUUUCAAAUAUAACAAAAGCAAAGUUUAACAUAAUAAAUAAGGUCGCACUAUAAGCCGCGUCAAGAGUCAAGCAACAAUCGAAUUCAUGAAGCGAAGCAAAGUUGCGCAGCAGAACGUAACCGCAAACGUCAACAGCUGUUUCAAUAAAAUUUAGCUAACUUUAAUAUAAAUAAGUUCAAUAACUUAAAUAUUCAAGUACUCACUUGCAAAACCGAAAAAGAAGAGAAAGUAACCAAACCGGCAUUUGUUAAAAAUAAAGUAAAAUAAAACUUCUACCCAACCACCAACUACAACAAUAAUACAGCCCCACAUGCCUUCGCCAGCUCUGAAACAACAGCAACCACCACCACCACCCCCGCCGAUACCGCCAAUGAUACAACAUCAAUUCUCCUAUCCAAAUCAACAUCAACCGCAAAGCCAACAAAAAAGCUAUUAUCAUGCAAAAAAUAAGUUGUCAUCGAAACUGAAAUCUUCAUCCCUGGACAAUGAUAUUUUUCUUCAAAAUCGUAAAAAUAAUAGUCAAAGUGGCUCGGAUUGGCUAUUGCCACCGCAUGGUUGUGCCACAAUACCACGUGCCGGUUCUACUUCAUCGCUAGCGAGCACUGUAACGGCUAAUAAUUAUCAGGAAUAUAAAGCGGAAAUCAUAAAUCAGGGCAAAUGCCUUUGCGGUCAGUACAUUCGCGCACGCCUACGACGCGCUGGCGUGCUGAAUCGCAAAGCGACGCAGCGAUUGCGCACCAUAUUGGAGCCUUCAUCGGCAGUGGUGUACGAGGUGUUCCCGGCGUUGAAUAGCAUGGGCGAGGAAUUGGAACGCAUGCAUCCGCGUGUCUAUACGAACGUCUCACGUCAGCUAUCGCGCGCACCCUAUGGCGAGUUGGUCGACGGUGAUACGGCGCCCAUGCUGCUCAAUCUGGUGGCCAAAGAUUUGUUUCGUUCGAAUAUAACAUGGGGCAAAAUUAUUUCUAUAUUUGCGGUAUGUGGUGGUUUUGCCAUCGAUUGCGUACGACAGGGACACUAUGAAUAUCUGCAACUUCUAGUGGAUGGCAUAGCUGAGAUAAUUGAAGAUGAUUUGGUGCCAUGGCUGGUCGAUCAUGGCGGUUGGUUGGGUCUGCAACAACACAUACGCCCGCAUGUGGGACGUUUUUCAUUCCUGGGAUUGUUAACACUUUUCGUUGCCGUGUCGUCGGGUGUUUAUGUUGUAACUAAUGUCGCCAAACAUAUUGGUUGUCAUUUGUAUUCGCUACUGUUCUGAUAGGGCGCGAGCAUUAAAUGACACAAAGGUGUAGAAAGUUGGAAAUGUGGAAAAUAGAAAAUAAUUGCAUGCAAAGUGUGAAAUGAUAUAGGGUCUGAUUUUGUUGCAAUAUUAUAAUAUUAUAAAUUUACAUUAAUUUUCCUAAAAUUAAUUUCUUUACAAAUAAUUUGUAGAAUUUUUAUGCAAUACGUAAAGUGGCGGCGAGGAUUUUUUGGUUUGUAACUGUAACUGUACGAUUAAGCUUCUCAUUUAUGGGUACACAUUUAUGCAUACUUCAUUCCUACACAAUUGAGAGAUAUUCAUUUAAUCCACAAAUAUUCCUUUUAAUUUUAACUUUUACAUGACAACUGGCACAUACCUAUUGCAAGUCUGUUUACAAACUUGGCUUUUUGUUAAUUCAUUGUAAUGACUUAUUUUAAUUAUUUAGAAAGAAUUACAUAAAUAAUAAAU